AGUGUCAAGAAGUUCCAUUGAAACAUGUAUUGUUUUUGGCAGAUUUAUUGGAAAAUUGCAAUUACAAACAAUUUUGGUAUCAUGCCCACUCUAUGCCAGAACUUUAUGAAAAAGUAAAUGGAUUUUUAGAUUCUGUGCGCAAGUUUGUUUGUCAUGUGAUUGGUAUAACAUAUCAAUCAAUCGAAAAGCAUACUCUUACAGAAUUACUUGGAGGUCUUGAUGGUAUGUUUAAUAUUAUAUAUUUCAAUUGAGACCAAAUCUAUUACAAUCAUUCUACUUUUUAACAGAUGCUGCUCUAAAACACUGGUUACAAAAAUACAACUGGAAAGAGGUUGAUAAUAAAUAUGUGUUUAUUGUAAAUCAAGAUGAUAAUAUCAAAACCAAGAACAUUACAGAGAAAAUUGAUUAUGAAAAUAUAUUGGGUAUUAUGGCAAGUUGUCGCUAAUGUAUGAACAUUUUUAAGUCAAAAUAUAUUUGUUUAUACUAAUAUUAAAUCUGUUUGUGUUUAUUAAUAAUAAAUAAUUCAAACAAAUAAUAAUUCUACAUACAAUUUUAUCUAAAUAUAGGAAUGAUUAAAGUAUAUUCACAUAUUAAUUAUUUAAGAUGGUUUAGUUACUGAUGUUAUCAGUUUACCUUAAUUGAAAACUUAUAAUGUAUAGCGUUGACCAAUUUUUAAUGGAAUGUAACUAAUACAAUUGAAAAUUUGUUAAAUAUAAUUUAAAGCAAAACUUUUUGCAAAACAGCACUAAUUUUUACGAAAAAUAAGAGAAUAUUCAUGGGGUUUUAAAAAUUCGUCAAUUAUUGCUUCAAUCAUUUCAUUCAGAACACCUUUUAAUUUGUUCACAUCACUAGAAAAAAAAAAAUAGCCUAAUAUAAUAUCAAACAAAAGAUAAAUAUUAAAUAAGUGUUCCAAAUUUUAAACACUUAAAUCUAUUAUGCUUUAAUUUAACUUACAAAGAAUUUUCAGGAUCACAACAUAAUUCAGCAUAAUAUUUUAUUUUGGGUUCUGUUCCACUUGUUCGUAAUGUAGCGAUUAAUCCAUUAUCAAAGUUAAAAGUUAUCAUUUGAGACGAUUUUGAUAUAGGUAAUAAUGGUAUAUGGUCCAGAGUACUAGAAUCAUAUCCAGUUGUUAAGUCUCUAAUAGAUUUGAUUGGAUACUUUCCUCCCAUAAUGGAUUUUGGAUACUAAAAAAUGUUAAAAAUCAAUUAUUGUUUAUGAUAUAUUAUAAUAUUUAGUUAAAUAUUACAUUAUUUUGCUGGUUAUUAAUUUGUCUUAAUGAUUCAAAUAUUUUCUUUAUCGUCAGACUAUUAUUGCAUAUAAAAUAAGAAUUCACAGAUAAAUGCCAACCGUAACUAUAACAAAAUAAAAUAGUUUAAUUUGCAAAUAAUAAUUUAACUAUAAACUGUUAAUGUUACUGGUUAUAUAUUGAUUCUAAAGCUGAAGAUAAUGUACUAUUUUCUUUUUCUAAAUAAAUGGCCAUUUCUGCAACUUUAACAGCUGCAGAUAUUCCAUCUUUAUCUAAAACCUCAUUGCCACACAUGUAACCAAUAGACUCUUCAAAAGCAUAAAGGACUUUAUAUCCUUCAGCGGCAAGUUGAUCAGCUCGAUUGCCCAUCCACUUAAAUCCAGUUAGUGUUUCCUAAGAUUUAUUAAUAAUCAUACAUUUUAAUUUAUUUGAAUUAAAACAUUUUAAACUACUAUAUAGUAAUUAUGUAUUUAUGGUAUAAAAGCAGUUUAGCACCAUUGCUUGUUAUAGGAAUUGUUUUUUUCAAAAUAAGAAUUUGAAUACACUGAAUUUGAAAAUGUUUAGAACAAUUUUUGAUAUUUUUUUGUUUUUAAAUCAAUCUAAGCAAGCAAGUGACCCUAACAGGUCUCUAUGUACACCAAAAUGCAUUGGUCUUUAAAUCUCUUUUAAAAACUUCUAAAAUAAUAUUUUUUAACAAAUUUAAAUUGCACUGUCAUCUUCAGCAUUAAAAUCUGUCAACAAAAUAUUUGAAAAUAUUUUUUUGAUCCAAGUUUAAAAAAAAAAUCAAACAAACAUUUUUUCUUUUUUUUUUUCUAGCUUACAGGACUUUUUCCUAGCUUAACUGCUUGUCUCCAUAUAAUUCUACUCUUACUAAUCUUAAUAGUCUUCUAAUCUUAUGCUUUAUGAGACUUCAGCAAGAUAUGAUAUUAUCCUGUACACCACCUUUGCCUAGGCUAACCCCUGGACCUUUUUUCAUUCAGCGUCCAAGAAAGAAUGUUGUUUGCUAUACCUUUAGAUCUCCAAAUAUGAUCAGCCCAUUCUAUUUCUUUUGCUUUUCAGAAACGUAAUUAUGAUAGGUUUUUGGAACAAUUGGUAUAUUUCUUGAUUAGUUUGUUUUCUAUGUUUUCCGUUAUCAAUUAUAGAUUCGUAGAUUUGACGUAGUAUUCUCCUUUAAAAAGUAUAUUCAUUUUAUCUUCAUCUCCCUUAGUUAUAAUCAGGUUUCAAACCCAUAAAUCAGAACUGGACAAAGAAAUCUGGAAUAUAAAUAUUCCUUUGAUAUUGUGAAUAAGAUUUUCGACUUGUCAACUUUCCUAGAACAUAGUACCUAAACCUUAUUUUCUGAUGUAAUUCUCAAUUUGAUGUCGCUGUGCAUAUUGUUUUAACUAUUUAUAUUAUUUCUUAGGUAUCUGAAAUCUGUAACACCUGUUGGAAUUUUUGAAUUUAGUGCAUUGAAACACAUUUGGAAACAAAAAAAUGAGUAAUGGUGCUGUACUGUAUUUAUUUCACAUUUAUAUAUUUCCAUGUGCUAAUAUAAUAUAUUAAAACUGUUCAAAUUUUAAGAACUUACUUCAAACCUGAUACCUUCUAUUUUAGCCAUAGAAUUAAGUAUUGCAGAUGAUACAGUACUUGAAAGUAAAACUAAUUUAGGAUGUGUUUUACCAUGUAUUUUUUUAUAUGUAUGUAUCAUCCACCAUCCUAAUAAGGCACCAAGUUCAUUUCCUGUAAAUAUUUUCCAAUCUUCACUUCCAAUUCUAAAAAACAAUAAAAAUUGCUUCCUAAAUAUUUUAUUUAAUUUUUAAAUAAAUUAUUUAUUCAUAUAGUUUACGAAUGUUCAGCUACUGCUAAUCUAUCAGCAUCAGGAUCAUUUGCAAGUAUAAUACGACUUCUAUUAUUUUCAGCUGUUUCUAUAGCCAAUUUCAAUGCAAUUUUUCCUUCUUCUGGAUUUGGAAAUGGCACAGUUGGGAAAUUUGGAUCUGGAUCUCUUUGUUUUUCUACAACUACUACUGGCUAAACACAAUUCAAAAUUUUAAAAUAUUAAUUAAAGAAAAUAUCAAACUGAUUUUAUAUAUUUUCGGUUAAUUUAUUUCUAAUAAAAAUUUAAAAACUUGCGUUAAAUUUUGCGCUGUCAAAAACAUUUCUAAUAAAUGGAUAUCCAACACCAUGCAUAGGUGUAUAUGUGAAAACAAUAUUUGUUUUCUUUUUUUCCAAAUCAGGAAACAAUAUUUCAUUGAUAGAAUUAUUGUAACAUUUUUGAAGGUCAAUCAAAGGGUUUAUUAACAAAUUAUUAUUGUAUAUGUUUUCAGUAUUCCAAACAUUGUCUUCAGGUUCUAAAUGUUCAGUAAUACUUUUUUCAAUAUUUUUAUCAACUGGGGAAAUUAUCUAAAAAAUAAAUUUCAAUAUUUUCUUGCAUAAGUCAUUGCCAACCACUCAAAUUAUUAAUAUUUGUCAAAACUUACUAACUUGAGCACCGUUUUCCCAAAAUACUUUAUAACCAUUAUCUUCUUUAGGAUUAUGUGAUGCAGUUACCAUUACCCCACCACAACAUUUGUACUGCCUAAUACCAAAUGCUACAAACGGAGUUGGACAAACUUCACUCAUAAGAUAAACUUUAAUGGAAUAUUUUAAAAAUACAUUAGCUGUCAGUUCUGCAAACCUAAAUAAAUAAAAUCAUGAUAUUCAAAAUAAAUUAUUUUUAAAUAUUGUUCUCCAACCUUUUACUAUUAUAUCGUCCAUCGUAACCAAUAAUUAUGCCAGCUUUUUUUAAUUGAUUUCCAAAAAUGUUAAGCAUGUAAUGCAAAAGUCCUUGAGCACUUUGUACAACAACCAGAUCAUUCAUACAUUUAAAACCAGGGCCCAUCACUGCUCUCAGGCCUGCUGUUCCAAAUGACAGACGACCGUGAAAGAUAUUUUUUAAUUUAUCCACAUUCUUUUGUUUCAAUAACUCUUCCAAUUCUAUAUUAUAUUGUUUUGACUGAAAACCACAGCUAUGUAAACAAGUACAUCUUUUAAUUUACACAACUAUUUCCAAAAUUCAUACUUGAUUCCACGACAGCCAGUUUUUCACCAGAAACUCUAAAUAUUCUGGUAAGAAUGUCGUAUCCAUGUUAAUAAGAAAUUUUUUGGUUGAUGUAUUUAUAUUAUUAAGAACUGAACUGAAUUUUAACUUCCAAUUAGAACGAUUACUAAUAAGUAAUAAUAUGGGUAGCAGGUACGUGAUUGAAUGUCUAAUGCCGAUAUAUGAAGUCAAGGCCACUUAGUUUUAUCACACAAGUAACCAUGGAAAGUUCACU